AUGUCAGAGACUUCCUCCCACGACUCCUUCUAUGAUUCCUUAUCAGACGUGCAGGAAGAGAGCAAAAGUGCUGACUUCUUCCCAGGACUCUCUGCGUUUCUCAGCCAGGAAGAAAUAAACAAAAGUCUCGACCUGGCCCGCAGAGCUAUAGACAACUCUGAAACUGAAGACUUUGACUCCGAAAAGGAGAUCUCACAGAUUUUCAGCAAAUCUCCUAAAAGCCUCUGCAAAGCUCCUUCCCACGAGGAGACCAAAUCCAGCGAGCAGACUCCCUCAGAAGGACCUCAGCAUAACAGGACAGCACCUGUCCAGCCUCUGGCAGGGGAGCAUGCUGAAAAGAUCACUUCCCCAGCUUCAAGGAGAAAACCUGGGGUAACACCCUUGCUGGCCAGCCCCAGCUACAUCCGGAGCCUCCGCAAGGCUGAAAAACGAGGUGCAAAAAUUCCCAAUCCAAGUGAAAAGCCCAAAGCUGCCCCACAAAGCAAAGACGGCUCCCAGAACCAACUUUGCGACAAGGCAGCUAGUUUCAUUGAGGAGCUGACUUCCAUAUUUAGAGAGGCAGCCAAGCCAAGAAACAGAAGCCCAAAUGGUGAGUCCUCAUCACCAGACAGUGGGUAUCUGUCUCCUAAAAAUCAGCCUUCAACUCUGACGAGUCCCUCGGCCAGUCAGAGCCCCACUGGAGACCAGCUAGACCAACAGGAGAUGGAAGCAGAGGUCAAGCUAGCCCAGGGCAGCCUUUGCUACCACGCCCAACAGGCCCCAGAAGAGGCCUUGGCACACACCCACAUCCCUCAUCCACAGCCCCAGAAAGCCCGCCACUUGCCUUCUGCACCUCGCUUCAUCCAGAAGCUGAGGAGCCAAGAAGUCGCUGAAGGAAGCAGAGUUUAUUUGGAAUGUAGGGUCACCGGAAACCCAACGCCCCGAGUCAGAUGGUUCUGUGAAGGGAAGGAGCUGUUCAACAGUCCUGACAUUCAGAUCCAGGGCGACGGUGCGGAGCUGCACACCUUAGUCAUUGCUGAGGCCUUUGAGGACGACACAGGUCGCUACUCGUGUCUGGCUACAAACCCCAGCGGCUCAGACACCACAUCCGCAGAGGUGUUCAUUGAAGGAGCCAGUUCGACGGACUCUGACAGCGAAAGCUUACCUUUCCUAUCAAAAGCUGGAGCUAUGCCACAAGCUCAAAAGAAAACAACUUCUGUUUCCUUGACGAUAGGAUCCUCAUCUCCCAAGACAGGAGUGACCACAGCUGUGAUUCAGCCCUUAUCUGUGCCUGUGCAACAGGUUCACAGUCCGACUUCGUAUCUCUGCCGACCUGAUGGAGCCACCAUGGGCUGUCUUCUUCCUGUUUUCACUAAGGAACUACAGAACAUAGCAGCCUCCGAGGGCCAGGUGGUGGUCCUGGAAUGCCGUGUCCGAGGAGCACCCCCGAUGCAGGUCCAAUGGUUCCGGCAAGGGAGUGAAAUCCACGACUCUCCAGACUUUAGAAUUCUUCAGAAAAAACCUAGAUCGGCAUCCGAGCCCGAGGAGAUCUGCACCCUUGUCAUUGCUGAGAGCUUUCCUGAAGAUGCGGGCAUCUUUACCUGCUUAGCCAGAAAUGACUACGGAUCAGUGACCAGCACUGCGCAGCUUCUCGUCACCUCAGCCAACUCUGAGAACUGUAGCUAUGACUCAAUGGGAGAACCCAACAGUGAUCACGACCACCACUUCCCACCUCCCCCUCCAAUCCUGGAGACAGGUUCCUACGAGCUGUCACCGCAGAAACCACCUGAAAUCCAGCAGGUGAACAGCUCCGACUUAGGACUUAACAUGGCCGCCCUUCAAAUGCAAUUCAACUCAGCCGAGAGGGAAACCAAUGGAGUUCAUCCCGGCCACGGAGUCAACGGACUGAUUAAUGGCAAAGCUUACGGCAAUAAAUCUCCUCCGACACCAGCUGCCCUGCUUUCGCCCACUAAGGAACCACCACCUCUGCUUGCCAAACCCAAACUGGAUCCUCUGAAGCUUCAGCAGCUGCAGAACCAAGUGCGCUUGGAGCAGGAAGCGGGAGCCUGGCCCCCGGCGCCCCCGGGUCUCCCUAGCAACAGCAGCAGCAGCAGCGGCAGCAGCGCGCCCCCGUCGCCGCCCUUCCCGCCGCCGCCCGCCUUCCCCGAGCUCGCGGCCUGCGUGUCGCCGGUGCCCGCGGAGCCCAUGAGCGCGCUGGCCUCCCGCGCCGCCACCAUGCAGUCCUCCGGCUCCUUCAACUAUGCUCGCCCCAAGCAGUUCAUCGCGGCGCAGAACCUGGGUCCGGCGUCGGGGCUAGCCACACCCACCUCCAGCCCCAGCUCGUCCAGCCUGCCGUCGCCUCUGUCCCCCACGCCCAGGCCCUUCGGCCGCGCGCCCGGGCCACCCUUUGUGGAACCGGAGGCCAUGUGGGGACCAUCCUCGCCGUCGCCGCCACCGCCGCCGCCGCCCGUCUUCAGCCCCUCGGCCGCCUUCCCGGUGCCCGACGUGUUCCCGCUGCCGCCACCGCCGCCGCCACCGCUGCCGAGCUCCUCACACUGCGCCUCGCCAGCCCGCUUUGGCCCUGGCCAAACGCCCGCAGCCUUCCUCAGCGCCCUGCUGCCCUCACAGCCGCCACCAGUCGCUGUCAACGCCCUGGGGCUGCCCAAGGGCGUCACCCCCGCGGGAUUUCCGAAGAAGGCCAGCAGAACUGCUAGAAUAGCCUCCGAUGAGGAGAUUCAAGGCACAAAGGAUGCUGUCAUUCAAGACUUGGAGCGGAAACUUCGCUUCAAGGAGGACCUUCUGAACAAUGGCCAGCCGAGGCUAACGUAUGAGGAAAGAAUGGCUCGCCGCCUGCUCGGUGCUGACAGUGCAAAUGUCUUCAGCAUCCAAGAGCCGGAAGACACGGCAGCCAAUCAGGACGCUGGGGUUCCUCGGGCUUCUGUAGGGAGCCCUCUGGAUGGUCAAAAGGAGUACAAAGUCUCCAGCUGCGAACAGAGACUGAUUAGUGAGAUAGAGUACCGGCUGGAGCGCUCUCCCGUGGACGAGUCGGGCGACGAGGUGCAGUACCCGGAAGUGCCCGCCGAAAGUGCCGCAGCACCCUUCUUCCAGAUGAAGCUGAAACAUUUCAAGAUCUUUGAGGGGAUGCCUGUGACUUUCACGUGUCGAGUGGCUGGGAAUCCAAAGCCAAAGAUCUAUUGGUUUAAAGAUGGGAAGCAGAUCUCUCCAAAGAGUGAUCAUUAUAUCAUUCAGAGAGACCUCGAUGGGACCUGCUCCCUCCAUACCACAGCCUCUACCCUAGAUGAUGAUGGGAACUACACGAUCAUGGCUGCCAACCCUCAGGGUCGUGUCAGUUGUACAGGACGGCUAAUGGUACAGGCUGUCAACCAAAGAGGCCGCAGUCCCCGCUCUCCCUCGGGCCAGCCUCAUGCCAGAAGGCCUCGCUCUCGAUCAAGGGACAGUGGAGAUGAAAACGAGCCCAUUCAGGAGCGGUUCUUCAGACCUCACUUCCUGCAGGCUCCUGGAGAUCUGACUGUCCAAGAAGGCAAGCUCUGCAGGAUGGACUGCAAGGUCAGUGGAUUACCGACCCCAGAUCUCAGCUGGCAACUAGAUGGGAAGCCCAUCCGCCCUGACAGUGCUCACAAGAUGCUGGUCCGUGAGAAUGGGGUACACUCCCUCAUUAUAGAGCCAGUCACAUCCCGGGAUGCCGGCAUCUACACAUGUAUUGCCACCAACAGAGCGGGACAGAACUCUUUUAGCCUGGAGCUUGUGGUUGCUGCUAAAGAAGCACACAAGGCCCCCGUGUUUAUUGAGAAGCUGCAAAACACAGGGGUAGCUGAUGGGUACCCAGUGAGGCUGGAAUGCCGAGUUUUGGGGGUCCCACCACCUCAGAUAUUUUGGAAAAAAGAAAACGAGUCACUCACCCACAGCACUGAGCGAGUAAGCAUGCACCAGGAUAAUCACGGCUACAUCUGCCUGCUCAUUCAGGGAGCCACAAAAGAAGACGCUGGGUGGUACACUGUAUCAGCCAAGAACGAAGCGGGCAUUGUGUCCUGUACUGCCAGGCUGGAUGUCUACACCCAGUGGCAGCAGCAGCCACAGACCACCAAGCCAAAAAAAGUACGGCCCUCGGCCAGUCGCUACGCAGCACUUUCGGACCAGGGACUAGACAUCAAAGCCGCUUUCCAACCAGAAGCAAGCCCAUCUCACCUGGCACUGAACAGCGGCUUGGUAGAAAGUGAGGACCUGUGAUUGGUACCCCGUUGAAGCUGAAAACUGAACGCCAUUGCUUUGACCAACAUACUCCUCUGUCACAUUAUGUAAAAGACAGAAGUAUACUUUUGACUUUAAGAAAUUUAAAAAAAAAACACCAAAAUCAUAUUUUUCUUACUUGAUAGAGAAUCUAAGUAGGUGAUGCUUAUAGAAACGUACACACUGCACAGAAAACUCACGGCUGUUGCCCAGGUUAGAACUUACAGAGCUGUUAUGAUUCAAAUGGUCUGAAAUGCCAAAAUGCCGAAAGAAAUCAACUAUUCAAAGGUAACCUCGAUUUAAGUUACCUACAAGUGCCUUCAAACACAAGCUAUGGGUGCUAUAGUGUGGCAGCGUGGCAUAUUAGAUGCUACGGGGACUCUAAGGUGCAGGGUCUACACUUGGCUACCGUGAACCACGUGCAAUAGGGAAGGGUGGGAAUGAGAACCGUGACGAAAUCCAAGCGAUGCCUUGUCUUUACAAACUGCUUGUGUCAAAUCAGAAAGGAGGAAUUCCUUGCCUUCAGUUUCAUCCGUAUAUCGGUCUUCUUUUUAAUGCUUCUUCAGUACGAAGCUUCCUUACAAUCCGUAUUAACUAAAAGACUAAGUCAAACUUAAAACAAUUGAAAGUGUUCUCUAGACAGUUGAGAUGUAUCACAGUCCGUUCCACAAGAGGCAUCGGAAACCACCUAAAUGACCAAGGCAGGAUGGAUUCGGAGGGAAGGGGUUUGGAAGGCAGAGAGAGAAUGAAGGAAGGAAUUGCUACCCACACAGAGAGCGCAGAUCCAGGUUAGAGGAAAACAUCGGGAGUGGGCCAGGCUCCUCUUUGGUUUUCUUCUAAACUUUGAAAUCAUAGAUGCAAAAACACUGCCGUUAGCCAGUCAAGGACUCUGGGGGUGGGGGUGGGGGGGGUCAUCCGGAAGUCUGGAGCGCGCGUGUGGUGGAGACUUCCAUGUAGCUGAGUGUGUAGUUGAUGAGGUUAGUGUGUAGAGUAAGUUGGACAUGGUUGAGGUUGCAGGGGUGGCAUGAACGAGAAGUAGCCUAGAGGGUCUAGUCUGCCUGCGGGAAAUGGAGACUUUAGGGACAAAAAUAAGCUUGUGCUACAACGAGUUUCUUUACCGUGGGCACUAAGAGGAGGUGAACAGAAACUUCUAGUUCCCUUCGCUUCCCUGAUGCCAUGGAACCUAGCCUAAGAAGGGCCAGGCUCGGAGCACCUACAAGGCCAAGCUGCAAAAGACCGCUUUUUGAUUCUGCAUCAGCUAAAUGGAGUCGAUUCUGACCAGACUUGAUGACUUUUAAGUCGGAACCAAUAUUUUUCUUUUUUAAAUAAGAGAAAAUAAUUUGGCCUGAUAGUAUGAAACAUGAGGCUUUAAUGGUACUUUGCUAUGAAAAGAAAGCACUGUGUUCCUCAUGCAAAACCUAUCUAUUGUUCAUUAUUUAUAAAGUGUCGAACGCUCUUAGCUCAGUUACUCGACCCACGCACAGUACUUCAAGCAAUCUUGUGUCUGUGACCACCCCAUAUAUUCCGUAUUACUGCUCCACAUGCACAGCCUUCUUCUUCUGUAAGAACACCAACCAACUGAGCUUUAGCAGGCUUGGGCACUGCGUGGCAGAUGUUCUAUACAGUGUGGCACAAGACUCUGCUCACACACACAUUGCUAAUGGGGGAUUUAAGUAACCAUGCAGGGUCUUAUGGACCUAUCUCUGUUGUAGAAUUGUGACCUAUAUUAUAUCAUAGUUGCCAAAUUUUUCUGAAUGUGACUCUUUUUUUUGCUAAUUUGCUGGGCUUGGGAUUAACUAGCAUUCUUUUGCCACCUUUUAUGUUGUAUUUAUGAAAAAAACAUUUAAAAAAAACAAAGUACUACCAUACUUUGGAUUGUUGUGCUGUUGUAAUGUGGACUUAACAUCAAUAAAUAAAUAUUUAACAAACA